AUGGCCUCGUUCAAGCAAAAUUUACCACCAUCGACGCUUUUGAAAAAGCAAGUCGCUGUAAAUGCAGACAAGCGAUCGAAACAGGAAGCUAAACGGGAUCGACAGCUUGAAGAAGACAGAAAAGCUGGUACUGCUCCGGCUAUGGUCGAUGUUGAAACUGGGCGAGAUAUUAAUCCACACAUUCCAUUGUUUAUUUCUCAAAAUCCGUGGUACGUUCCCAGUGAUGGCCCAACAUUGAAACAUCAACGUCCGCACGAAGAACGACAAACGAAAUUUUCUCAAAUUGACGAAUGGUACCAAAAAGGAACCACAGGAAAAUCUGCAACGAAGUUCCGAAAAGGUGCCUGCGAAAAUUGCGGAGCUAUGGGUCACAAAAAACGGGAUUGCUUUGAACGACCUCGAAAAUUAGGGGCAAAAGAUACUGGCGCCGAUAUUGCUGAAGAUGAUCAUGUCCAACCAAAUUUAGUUCUUGGUUUUGAUGCUAAAAGAGAUCGAUGGAAUGGUUAUGAUCCUGCUACUCACAAAGAAGUCAUUGAUGAACAUAUGCGGUUAGAAGAAGCCAGAAAAGUUAUAAAGGAACAAAUGAUUAAAGAAGGAGAAUUGGAAGAACAAGCAGCAGAACAAGACGAGGAUAAGUAUGCUGAAGACGCUGAUAUGGCUGGAGUGUCCGUUGAUAUGGACUCCCGAACUAGAAUUACAGUUCGUAAUCUACGUAUUCGGGAAGAUACUGCAAAAUAUCUGUACAAUCUUGCGGAAAACUCGCCAUACUAUGAUCCUAAAUCUCGAUCAAUGCGUGAAAAUCCGUUCGCCGGUGUUGCAGGAAAGGAACUUGAAGCUGCCAAGUUUGCAGGAGAUAAUUUCAUUAGAUAUUCUGGAGAAGUUACUGCAGCGAAUGAAGCUCAAGUGUUCGCAUGGGCUUCAACCCGAAAGGGAGUUUAUGCUCACUCGAUUGCUGAGCCGACAAAGCUGGAAGCUCUUAAAAAGGAAUACGAGCAACAGAAAAACUCUAUCAAAGAUGAAACGAAAAAAGAGCUUCUGGACAAGUAUGGUGGUGGUGAGCAUUUUGAUCGUCUUCCUGAUGAACUUCUGUUUGCACAAACUGAGAGCUAUGUUGAGUACAACAGAAAGGGAAAAGUUGUCAAAGGAAAGGAACGAGCUCCGAUUAAGAGUCGAUUCAAGGAGGAUGAGUAUCCUCAAAAUCACACGUCUAUCUUUGGCUCAUUCUGGAGAGAAGGAAAAUGGGGAUACAAAUGUUGCCAUCAAUUCGUCAAAAACUCAUAUUGCACUGGAAGCGAGGGAAUCAAAGCCGAAUCGAGCUCGGCUGUUGGAAAGACGACUUCUAAAGAAGAAACGUUCAAAAAACCAGCGCCGCCUGUUGUCGAAUCAAAACCUGAAAUUAUAAAAGCAGAAGUCAAGGAGGUAAAAGAAAAUGAGGAAGAAGAGAAGUCUUCUUCGUCGUCGUCAAGUGAAUCUUCAAGCUCGUCUAGCGAGGAAAGCGAUAAUGAAGAAAAAGAAAGAGAACGACAAAAGGAGCGAGAAAGAAGAGAAAGAGAGCAAAAGCGAAGAGAAAAGAAAAAAGAAAAGCGAAAUCGGAGAAAAGCUAAGCUCGGAAAACGAAAGAGAAGACAUCGUGGAGAUUCUUCAGACGGCUCGUCAUCUUCUGAUUCUGAUAGUGGAUCUGAUAGCGGCGAUGAAAUGAAAGUUGCGCUCAAAAAAGCAAAGAAGGAGAAAAUUGAAGGCAUUAAAGCGCUUAAUGAAGGCGAUCGCGGUCGAAAAUAUAACACAGAUUAUUCGAACAAUGCUCCUAGUGAAAUUGAAAUGGAGGCAUAUAGAAUAACGAAUGUUCAUUCGGCAGAUCCUAUGGCAGCUUAUAUUAAUCAGAAGUUUGAGAAAAAAUCGAAAAAAUAA